AUGGAGCCCCAAAUUUCCGUCGAAAACCCUAAAACCUCCGACGAUCCAGAGACCUCCGACUCCGCAUUGCAACUCGUCGACGCCGGAGCCCUAGGCGACUCGAUCCUCGACGUCUCGGGUCAAAGCCUCGACUUUCCGAUCGGCGAGAACUCCGGCGAAGACGUCGGCGAUCUUUACCUCUACAAAAAUGUGUACAAUCUGCUGCCGAAAUCCAUCGCCGGACUGAAAGGCCUGAAGACGCUGAAGUUCUUCAGCAACGAGAUCAAUCUGUUCUCGUCGCCGGAGGAGAUCGGCGACCUGGUGAGGCUACAAUGCCUGAGGAUCUCGUCGCCGGAGUUCGAAGGUUUGCCGCUCCACAAAUUCAAGGGGCUGAAGGAGCUGGAGCUCUCCAAGGUCACGUCCCGGUGCUCGGCGGUUCCGAUUCUGAGCCAGGUCGCCGGACUGAAGCUCCUGACGAAGCUAUCGGUGUGUUACUUCUCGAUAACUUUUCUGCCGCCGGAGAUUUGCUGCCUGAAGAGCUUGGAGUAUCUGGAUCUUUCGUUUAACAAGAUGAAGACUUUGCCUGGAGAAAUUGGGAAUCUGAGUGCUCUGGUUUCGUUGAGGGUUGCCAAUAACAAACUGGAGGCGUUGCCGGCGGAGCUGUCCAGGUUGGCCGGGCUGGAGAGCCUGGACUUGUCUCGUAAUAGGCUGACGUCGUUGGGAGAAGUCGAUUUCGAGUUGAUGAUUGGUCUGAAGAGUUUGGAUGUUAGUUACAAUAGGCUUUUGAGUGAGGAUGUGGUAGUGCCGGCGCGGUUAUGCUGCGAGUUGGAGGGGAAUGGAAAUGUUGUGUGUGGUGAUGCGUCUGGCAGUUCUUCUGUCGAGUUGGAAUGCUCGUCGAAUGCGAGUAGUAGUGUGAGUGGUAAAUCGAAGAGUAGGUUUUUCGCGAGCUGGAGGUCGGAUGGGAGGAAGUGUUAUGUUCGGUGGAGAGGUCCGGUGGGGGGAGGGAGGAAGAGUGAGGCUCUGGACUGUGCUUUGCGUGUGAAGGAUGAUGGAGAAGGCAAAUUAGGAAAUGUGGGUGUUACUGAUGCUGGCGCAUUCGAUGAGGAUGAGGAUGGAUGUUCAGUGUCUCGAGAAGCUGAUAAGUCUGCCGCGGCAGAUGAAGGUGAUAGAAAGGAUUGUGAGAUUGAAGUUAGUGAAGAGGGUGCUGGUGAGCAAGAUGAAGCAUCGUGUUCAGAAGUGUUGAAGGUGACUUCUGGAUCCAAGAGGAAGGAGCAUGUGGGGGUUCUCAAUAAGCCGAAUUGCAAGAAUCCAAAAUCUGGUGGAUUUAGCGUUGAGAAAGAUGAUAGUUUACCAGAUGAAGGUGAUAAAAAGGAUUGUGAGAAUGUGGUAUUGUCAGUCAGUCAAGAGGUUGUCAGUGAGAAAGAUGAAGAAGGAUCACCUUUGGAAAAAUCAGAAACAAAUUUGGGAUCCAAGAGGAAGAAUUCAAAUGGUGACGAGGAUGUUAAGCAGCUAGACUGCGAGAAUGUGGAUGGGGAUGUUAAGCAGGCAGGCUGCAAGAAUGGUGAUGCGGAUGUUAAGCAGCCUGAGUUUGAGAAUGCUGAUGGGGAUAAUAAGCUGCGAAAGAGAUUACGUCUUGAUCAAGUACAUAGUCAUGAUUGUUCUAACUUAUCUCAAAAAUUUAGUGAAACGUCUUUUUGCAGUAUUGAGGACAGUCUUCAAGAUGGCUUUUUUGAUGCCGGACGUGAUAGGCCCUUCAUGCCAUUAGAGAGCUAUGAUGAAAAUUUCUCUCUGGACUCACGUGAAGUUAUUUUCGUGGACAGCGAAAAGGAUGAUGAGUUGGAUGGAAUUUUCCAGUCUGCCAGAGAUGUGGUUCACCGUUGGAAUGAGAUAAAUGAUAAUGGCCCUAAUGAGCGACAGAUUGCAAUGUUUCUUGCUCUCUUUGUGUCAGAUCAUUUUGGAGGGAGUGAUAGGGUUGCUGGUGUUGAAAGGAGACGCAAAGGUGGUCCUGAUGCAAAUGUCAGGAAGCCGUUUGUAUGCACCUGCUCAACUAGAAACGGUGAACCUAGUAAUUUAUCCAAUAAACCAUACUUGGAGACGGUUGAAGGUAAUGGUUUUGGUGCUAUUUCAGAGAAUUCCCUCCGCUCUAUUAAAGCAAGACGUAAUUCUAUCCUAGUUCCUAUAGGAACUGUGCAGUAUGGUGUUUGUAGACAUAGAGCAUUGCUAUUGAAGUAUCUAUGUGAUCGGAUGGAGCCACGAGUACCUUGUGAGCUUGUUAGGGGUUACCUGGAUUUCAUGCCCCAUGCUUGGAAUAUUAUACCAGUCAAGAGAGCGGACUCAAAUGAGACUCGUUGGAUAGUGGAUGCUUGUCGUCCGCAUGACAUAAGAAAAGAAACAGAUCCUGAAUAUUAUUGUAGGUAUAUUCCUAUGAAUCGGAUCAAAGUUCCCCUUUCUGGAAGCGAUAUUGGUCAUGCUUUGCCCUCGUUUGAUGAAAUUGUGAAUAAAUCUGGCAAUUCUCUCAUUCAGUGCAAAUAUGGAUCAGUUGAGUUAGCAGCAAAAGUACGUACUUUGGUGAUUGAUGGGACUUCAGGAGAUGAUGUUAGAAAGUUUGAGUACAGCUGCUUAGGGGAGGUAAGAAUGUUAGGUGCUUUGCAACACCCCUGCAUAGUAGAGAUGUAUGGUCAUCAGAUAUCAUCCAAGUGGGCUCCUUUGGUGAAUGGCGCUCCCUGUUCCCGUACUCUCCAAUCAGCAAUAUUCAUGGAGUACAUGAAUGGGGGUUCCUUGAAGAGUUACAUAGAAAAGCUAUCAAAAGCCGGUGAGAAGCACGUCCCUGUGCAUUUAGCGUUGUGCAUUGCUAAAGAUGUUGCUUCUGCACUGCUGGAGCUGCAUUCAAAGAAUAUCAUUCAUCGAGACAUUAAAAGUGAGAACAUUUUGAUCAAUUUGGAUAGCAAGACAGCCGAUGGGACACCUGUUGUGAAGCUCUGUGAUUUUGACAGAGCAGUGCCUCUUCGGUCGUACUUGCAUUCCUGCCUUGUCGCUCAUGUAGGUGUACCUCCUCCUAAUGUUUGUGUUGGAACACCUCGAUGGAUGGCUCCAGAGGUUCUGAGGACAAUGCAUGAGCAAACUAUUUAUGGACUUGAAGUUGAUAUCUGGUCAUUUGGAUGCCUCCUUUCCGAAUUGCUGACUUUGCAACUUCCUUAUUCGGGAGUGGCGGAUUUGGAGAUACAUAACCUUAUUGUGACGGGACAGCGACCAAAGUUAACAGAUGAGUUGGAAGCAGUUCUGCUAUAUGUGGACAAGCCUCGCCCGGCUGCAGAGCUUGGGGAAACAGAGGCUGACUUAGACACACUAUCAUUCCUUGCUGACUUGUUCUGCAAAUGUACCGAGGAGAAUCCACAGCGUCGUCCAACAGCUGGUGACAUCUACAAAUUGUUGAUCGAACACAGCAUGCAGCUUUCAAACAGAAGUUAGCAUUACUUGGUUAAAGUUUAGGUACUUCCACUUCACAAUUUUGUGACCCUAAUGAGGAUUCAUUAUUUCAUUGUUAGUUUGUUACAAUAAUGUUAGUAUAAGUUAUGAACCAAAGGUUUGGGUUUGUCCAAGUUUCUGUGUUACUGUAUAAUUGCAUAUAUCCAUU